AUGCAGAAUGACUGUAGCACAGCCAACUUUAGAGAGGUGGUGGAGCACUUGUUCCAGGUCAUCCCUGAUGAUAACCUUUAUAUGGAUGUAGGCCCUGAGCGCUGUAGGACCUGUGCUGUGGUGGGGAACUCUGGGAACCUUAAGGGCUCUCACUACGGAGCCAUCAUCGACUACAGGGAUGUCAUCAUAAGGUAUAGGCCAACUGAGAGUGUGUUGAUAGAGGGCACACUUUCCACAAAGCCUGUUCUAGCAUGAGCAGUGCCAUUGAGGACUCAGCAGGAGGGAUCAGCUAUCUCUCUAGAUAGAAUAAGAAGAAAUCAACUACUUUAAAAUAGAGAUAGCCCUCGAAGAUGAUACCAAUGCUGUCAUUAUGUGUUUUGAAAUCAAGUGCUUUGAACUAUUGUAGUCAUGAUAUUGUUCAUAGCAAUUUUUUGACUGUGUUAUCCAGAAUGAACAUGGCUCCGACCUUUGGCUAUGAAAAGGAUGUAGGAAGCCCUGAAAAAAAAAAUAUAUAUAUUGUGAAUCGCCCAUAAGUUUGAAAAAGUUAGGCCAUAUCACCCUGCCUUACCUAAGCAUGAUUUGGGCCAGUAAUGUGUGAUGAUACCGCAUAUUGUCAGAGCUAUGCUAUGCAUAGCCAUUCGAUGUCAGUGUUGUUCUUCUGUACUCCCAUCGUGUGUAGUAUACAGUGUGUCUUGUAGUGAAGUACAAUACUAUCCACAUUCCUAGCAGAGCAUGGCUGUUGAAAUGUAUAAUAAGUCUUACCUCGUCACAAAUGUGUAUGGCUAAUAUUAAAGCCAUGAAUCCAGUGGAGGGGUAUUUGCCUUGAUAGUCAAGCCAGACUUCAUGAACAUAUUUCAUAAACACAGGAUUAAGAACCAAGACCUGCAUGGAAUAUAUUAUACAUAACAUGUCUAUAUCAACAUGAUUUAAUAAGAAAAAGAGAUGAUGACUUGUGAUGCAUCAAAUUUGAGAACUUAAUUUGUUAGAUUGAUAUUGUCAGAGAAUAGAUGGCACUGUUAGUACACUUCCAUUCUGAUGCAGUCUCAAACUAUGAGCCAGUUCAUGACUCUUAAUGACAUAUUUGCCCUUAGGCAAAUAACAAUCCAAAUUAUUUCUGGACCUCACUGCCUCCUUUGUUAGGAAACCACCCAUACCAAGAGCCAUAUUUAGAUUUGUUUUAUUUAUUUAUGGAGGGUGCCUUCAGAAAGUAUUUAGACCCCUUUACAUUUUCCACAUUUUGGUACGUUACAGCCUUAUUCUAAAAUGGAUUUAAAAACUAAUAAUCCUCAGCAAUCUACACACAAUACCCCAUAACGACAAAGUGAAAACAGGUUUUUAGAAAUGUUUGCAAAUGUAUAAACAAUUAAAAACAGAAAUACCUUAUUUACAUAAGUAUUCAGACCUUUUACUAUGAGACUUGAAAUUGAGAUCAGGUGCAUCCUGCUUCCAUUGAUCAUCCUUGAGAUGUUUCUACAACUUGAUUGGAGUCCACCUGUGGUAAAUUCAAUUGAUUGGACAUGAUUUGGAAAGGCACACACCUGUCUAUAUAAGGUCCAACAGUUGACAGUGCAUGUCAGAGCAAAAUCCAAGCCAUGAGGGCGAAGGAAUUGUCCGUAGAGCUCUGAGACAGGAUUGUGUCGAAGCACAGAUCUGGGGAAGGGUACCAAGAAAUGUGUGCAGCAUUGAAGGUCCCCAAGAACACAGUGGCCUCCGUCAUUCUUAAAUGGAAGAAGUUUGGAACCACCAAGACUCUUCCUAGAGCUGGCCGCCCGGCCAAACUGAGCAAUCGGGGGUGAAGGGCCUUGGUCAGGCAGGUGACCAAGAACCCGAUGGUCACUCUGACAGAGCUCUAGAGUUCCUCUGUGGAGAUGGGAGAACCUUCCAGAAGGACAACCAUCUCUGCAGCACUCCACCAAUCAGGCCUUUAUGGUAGUGGCCAGACGGAAGCCACUCCUCAAUAAAAGGCACAUGACAGCCCGUGGAGUUUACCAAAAUGAACCUAAAGACUCUCAGACCAUGACAAACAAGAUUCUCUGGUCUAAGAAAACCACGAUUGAACUCUUUGGCCUGAAUUCCAAGCGUCACGUCUGGAGGAAACCUGGCACCAUCCCUACGGUGAAGCAUGGUGGUGGCAUGCUGUGGGGAUGCUUUUCAGCUGCAGGGAGACUAGUCAGGGUUGAGGCAAAGAUGCACGGAGCAAAGUACAGAGAGAUCCUUGAUGAAAACCUGCUCCAGAGCUCUCAGGACCUCAGACUGGGGUGAAGGUUCACCUUCCAACAGGACAACGACCCUAAGCACAAAGCCAAGACAACACAGGAGUGGCUUCAGGAUAAGGCUCUGAAUGUCCUUGAGUGGCCCUGCCAGAGCCGGAUUUAAACCUGAUCGAACAUCUCUGGAGAGACCUGAAAAUAGCUGUGCAGCAACACUCCCCAUCCAACCUGACAGAGCUUGAGAGGAUCUGCAGAGAAGAAUGGGAGAAACUCCCCAAAUACAGGUGUGCCAAGCUUGUAGCAUCAUACCCAAGAAGACUCAAGGCUGUAAUCGCUGCCAAAGGUGCUUCAACAAAGUACUGAGUAAAGAAUAUUAAUACUUAUGUAAAUGUGAUAUUUCUGUUUUUAAUUUUUAAUAAAUGAGCAAACAUUUCUAUAAACCUGUUUUUGCUUUGUCAUUAUGGGGUAUAGUAUGUAGAUUGAUGAGGGGGGAAAAAAACAAUUUAAUACAUUUUAGAAUAAGGCCAUAACCUAACAAAAUGUGGAAAAAGUAAAGGGGUCCGAAUACUUUCAGAAGGCACUGUAUGUAUACUUAUUCAUCGUAAUAUAUGGCUAUGCCCAUACCUAACACAUACAUCCUGAAUUACAAGCAUUACAAGUGUAUCAUACUGUUCAAGAUAUAAAAAGAUAACGCGUUAGAGGUCAUUGACUUUAUAGUAAAGUAAGUAGGCUUGUACUGGAACAGCUCAUAGGAGCAGGAGCCUAUAUCCUGUUUCUGUAGCAUGAAGCAGCUUGAUGUACAAGUAUCACCCCUUGACAUGACGCUAGUCUAUCGCAGGGCCUUAUCCUCAAUCUAUCUCCUUAAUGCUGAGUACCAUGCAGAGACACACCGGGUCCCAUUUUUAGACUUUGGUACGACUCGGCCGGGGUUUGAACUCCCAACCUUCCAAUCUGAUGGCUGACACUAACCACAAGGCCACUAGAUGUAUUAUAAUAAUAAUACAUUAUCAUGAUCAACAAGGUGACUCACAAUCUUUGUUGCCAUUUAUCUUUGGUCUAAGAGAUACAUUUGAGCUGUUGAAUAGAAGAGGUGCUAUGUAAUCUUCGAAAAAUGCAUGGCGUAACAAACUGCUGGACUAAUCAAAAGAUAAUCUAUAAUAAGUAGUUACUCACAAAGUGAUGUUAGAUCCAUUGAUGAUGGCGCCGGGUAGCCACUGAAAGUCCAGAGUCUUGAAAGGGAUCAGCAGGAACCUAGUGGUGUUGUCCAGAUCUAUGUCACUCUCUGGGUACAUGAUUGUAUGCGUAGUCUGGCUUCCUACAUCCUUUUCAUAGCCAAAGGUCGGAGCCAAAUUUUCUAAAACAACUUUAUAGUAGAGAAAUUAACAUUCAAUUUUCUGGCAACAGCUCUGGUGGAUAUUCCUGCAGUCAGCAUACCAAUUGCAUGCUCCCUCAAAACUUGAGACAUCUGUGGCAUUGUGAAGUGUGAAAAAACUGCACAUUUUAGUGGCCUUUCAUUGUUCCCAGCACAAGGUGCACAUGUGUAAUGAUCAUGCUGUUUAAUCAGCGUCUUGAUAUGCCACACCUGUCAGGUGGAUGGAUUAUCUUGGCAAAUAAGAAAUGCUCACUAACAGGGAUGUAAAAAAAAUUGUGCACAUGAUUUGGUGGUCCUCCUCGUGGUCCUCUGUAGCUCAGCUGGUAGAGAAUGGCGCUUGUAACGCCAAGGUAGUGGGUUCGAUCCCCGGGACCACCCAUACACAAAAAUGUAUGCACGCAUGACUGUAAGUCGCUUUGGAUAAAAGCGUCUGCUAAAUGGCAUAUUAUUAUUAUUAUUAUUUGACAGAAAUAAGCUUUUUGUGCUUAUGGAACAUUUCUGGGAUCUUUUAUUUCAGCUCAUGAAACAUGGGACCAAUACUUUACAUGUUGCAUUUAUAUUUUUGUUCAGUAUAACUUGUUAGCUAGCAAAUAGAUCCACGUUGGCUAGAUGUUAAAGUGGAACUGACAGUGUUUUAGAAACAUGAAAUAUUAUUAAAAUCUGUUAAUAUACACCCCCAGGAAGAAUGAUGCAUUUUUGUUUGACAUUUUCUGACAAGCGAGCACUUAGAUUGUCAUUUUCACGUUUUCAUACAUUCAUAGAAUGUUUGGGAAUGGGGUACAGUAAGGCAUUUAUGAAAAUUCUAUGGCCAUGCGUUUGGACAAUUAAUAGACACUGCAGCAAAUAAAACCUAUAAUAAAAACACCUGUCUUGUCCAGCACAGGAGUCUUACACAGACCAGUGCGCCAUAGCCAAUCAGAGCUACAGUAGGCCUAUAUGCAAAUAAGCCAUUUGCCACAUUGGCCUGCCAUCAUUCACUUUGAACUGGACUGUGUUUACAGGCAGUAGCAACAGCGGGACUUUAGAUCAAUAGAAAGCAUUCGCCAAAAGCCACAAAAUACACCUGAAUGGAUUUGUGCAAAUAUGUAAAUACCACUGGAGUCUUCUUACAUUUGGGAACUUUACAGUCCUAUUCAUCCACUAACCAUGAAAAGGUAGGCUCUCUCCCUCAGUUGCCUAUGCACAUCAACAAGAUCAACAACUAAUGUUAGCCAGAGCGAGAUGAGCUAAAAUCUAACGAAGAAACAGUAGAUAAACCCUGUCAAAGCUUUUCAGCUUGGCCGUCAAAAUUGCAUUUAUAAACGAUGGGGAAUAGUAGCCUGCUUGCCCUUCUGCAGCUUGCCUGCCAAUGCAUGCGUGUCCCAACCCACGUUUUGACAACUGAAUGAGAACUUGCCUGUCCGCCCAUUUGGUCGAUGCCAAAUACAUUUGAUUAACUGUAACAGUCGUUCAACUUCAGCAUAGCUAGCUAGCAAAGUGAUUCACAUUUCUUGCUAGCUAACCAAAUGACACCUGCAUCUCUAGCUGUAGCCACAGAAAAACGCUAUGGGGGGAAAAAGUCGGCAUCUCUCCCGCUCUUCCAAUGACAACAUCCUUCCAGCAGCUAGCUAGCUCAUGUUAAACUCAGUGUUUUUAGCUUACUAAAUAAAAAGUUACAUAAACAGAUAAGCUAGCAUAUUUGCCACGUUAUGACUGACUUGUGAUCAUUGCCCUUGCUAGUUUGAUUGUAUUGACAUUCUCAGCCUUAGUUAGCACACUCGUCCGUUUUUGUCCAAAAUAUUGAGUAAUCUAAACUGAAACAGUGCAUCCUGAAUGGAGGCAGCAAACAAUGUACCAGGCCAGCUGUGAUUUAGAACCUGCUAUAAUAUUUGUUGGACUACUAAGACAUGUAUUGGUGAAUUAUAUUAAUCAUACAUUGUACUGCAUCCAUCUAUUCUGCCCACAAUGCCUUACUCUACGUCAUGGACUUUUUUGUUAAAUAUAACUUAUUUUUAAAACCUCUUGGUUUUGUAGUAUAAACUGGGAAUGUGAUUUUAUGAGUGAUAUUAUUGUCUUGUUUGUUUCAUAUCUGCAAAGUAGUUAACGCUGUCAGUUCCACUUUUAAAUAUAAAGAUUAGCUAGCUACUCACUAGCACGUGGGCUUGUGCUUGAGAGAUUGUUUAUGAUACCUGUGUUAAUUUUCUAUAAUGCCUGCUACAAGAAGUUGGUCAUUAUUAGUGAAUGUGCAUUAUGCAUGGUUCAGGUUAAAUUUGUAACAAAAGGGCAUUUUGAUAGACAGACUUGAAAGCAAGGUCGGUGAUUAUUGCAACAACAAAAAAAGCAGGUAAAACUAUUUUGAUAAGAUAAUUACAUUUUUAGUGGGUCUCAUGGUUAUGGAAGGCUUAUAUUUAGCCUAUGUAUAAUUGUCCAAAUGCAUGGCCAUAGAAUUUUCACAAAUGCCUUACUGUAUCUCAUUCCCAAACAUUCUAUGAAUGUAUGAAAACGUGAAAAUGACAAUCUAAGUGCUCGCUUGUCAGAAAAUGUCAAACAAAAAGGCAUCAUUCUUCCUGGGGGUGUAUAUUAACAUCCCUGUUAGUGAGCAUUUCUUAUUUGCCAAGAUGAUCCAUCCACCUGACAGGUGUGGCAUAUCAAGACGCUAAUUAAACAGCAUGAUCAUUACACAGGUGCACCUUGUGCUGGGAACAAUAAAAGGCCACUAAAAUGUGCCGUUUUUUCACACAACACAAUGCCACAGAUGUCCCAAGUUUUGAGGGAGCAUGCAAUUGGUAUGCUGACUGCAGGAAUGUCCACCAGAGCUGUUGCCAGAGAAUUGAAUGUUAAUUUCUCUACUAUAACGUUGUUUUAGAAAAUUGGGCUCCGACCUUUGGCUAUGAAAAGGAUGUAGGAAGCCAGACUACGCAUACAAUCAUGUACCCAGAGAGUGACAUAGAUCUGGACAACACCACUAGGCUCCUGCUGAUCCCUUUCAAGACUCUGGAUUUUCAGUGGCUACCCGGCACCAUCAUCAAUGGAUCUAACAUCACUUUGUGAUUAACUACUUCUAUAGAUUCUCUUUUGGUUAGUCCAGCAGUUUGUUACACCAUGCAUUUUCCUAAGAUUACAUAGCACCUCUUCUAUUCAACAGCUCAAAUGUACCUCUUAGACCAAAGAUAAAUGGCAACAAAGAUUGUGAGUCACCUUGUUGAUCAUGAUAAUGUAUUAUUAUUAUAAUACAUCUAGUGGCCUUGUGGUUAGUGUCAGCCAUCAGAUUGGAAGGUUGGGAGUUCAAACCCCGGCCGAGUCAUACCAAAGUCUAAAAAUGGGACCCGGUGCGUCUCUGCAUGGUACUCAGCAUUAAGGAGAUAGAUUGAGGAUAAGGCCCUGCGAUAGACUAGCGUCAUGUCAAGGGGUGAUACUUGUACAUCAAGCUGCUUCAUGCUACAGAAACAGGAUAUAGGCUCCUGCUCCUAUGAGCUGUUCCAGUGCAAGCCUACUUACUUUACUAUAAAACAUCUGCAGAGUCAAUGAUCUCUAACGCAUUAUCUUUUUAUAUCUUGGACAGUAUGAUACAAUUGUAAAGCUUGUAAUUGAGGAUGUAUGUGUUAGGUAUGGGCAGAGCCAUAUAUUACGAUAAAUAAGUAUACAUACAGUGCCUUCGGAAAGUAUUCAGACCCCUUUACUUUUUCCACAUUUUGUUAGGUUAUGGCCUUAUUCUAAAAUGUAUUAAAUUGUUUUUUUCCCCUCUCAUCAAUCUACACACAAUACCCCAUAAUGACAAAGCAAAAACAGGUUUAUAGAAAUGUUUGCUAAUUUAUUAAAAAUAAAAAACUGAAAUAUCUCAUUUACAUAAGUAUUCAUAUUCUUUACUCAGUACUUUGUUGAAGCACCUUUGGCAGCGAUUACAGCCUCGAGUCUUCUUUGGUAUGACGCUACAAGCUUGGCACACCUGUAUUUGGGGAGUUUCUCCCAUUCUUCUCUGCAGAUCCUCUCAAGUUCUGUCAGGUUGGAUGGGGAGUGUUGCUGCACAGCUAUUUUCAGGUCUCUCCAGAGAUGUUCGAUCAGGAUUUUUUAAAAUGUGUAUUUAUUUUAUUUCACCUUUAUUUAACCAGGUAAGCCAGUUGAGAACAAGUUCUCAUUUACAACUGCGACCUGGCCAAGAUAAAGCAAAGUAGUGUGAUAAAAACAACAACACAGAGUUACAUAUGGGGUAAACAAAACAUAAAGUUAUUUUAUAUUAUUAUUAUUAUUAUUAUUAUUAUUAUUAUUAUAAUAAAGUCAAAAAUACAAACAGAAAAUAUAUAUACAGUGUGUGCGAAUGUAGUAAGUUAUGGAGGUAAGGCAAUAAAUUGGCCAUAGUGCAAAAUAGUUACAAUUUCGUAUUAACACUGGAAUGAUAGAUGUGCAAAAGAUGAUGUGCAAAUAGAGAUACUGGGGUGCAAAUUAGCAAAAUAAAUAACAAUAUGGGGAUGAGGUAGUUGGGUAGGCUAAUUUCAGAAUGGCUGUGUAUAGGUGCAGUGAUCGGUAAGCUGCUCUGACAACUGACGCUUAAAGUUAGUGAAGUCUCCAGCUUCAGAGAUUUUUGCAGUAUGUUCCAGUCAUUGGAAGCAGAGAACUGGAAGGAAUGGCUGCCAAAGGAGGUGUUGGCUUUGGGAAUGACCAGUGAGAUACAGUGGGGAAAAAAAGUAUUUAGUCAGCCACCAAUUGUGCAAGUUCUCCCACUUAAAAAGAUGAGAGAGGCCUGUAAUUUUCAUCAUAGGUACACGUCAACUAUGACAGACAAAAUGAGAAAAAAAAUCCAGAAAAUCACAUUGUAGGAUUUUUAAUGAAUUUAUUUGCAAAUUAUGGUGGAAAAUAAGUAUUUGGUCUCCUACAAACAAGCAAGAUUCUGGCUCUCACAGACCUGUAACUUCUUCUUUAAGAGGCUCCUCUGUCCUCCACUCGUUACCUGUAUUAAUGGCACCUGUUUGAACUUGUUAUCAGUAUAAAAGACACCUGUCCACAACCUCAAACAGUCACACUCCAAACUCCACUAUGGCCAAGACCAAAGAGCUGUCAAAGGACACCAGAAACAAAAUAAUGCUGUAACUUAACAAAAUGUGUAAAAAGUCAAGGGGUCUGAAUACGUUCUGAAUGCACUGUAUGCACUGUAUACCUGCUGGAGCGCAGACUACGGGUGGGUGUUGCUAUGGUGACCAGUGAGCUAAGGUAAGACGGGGAUUUGCCUAGCAGUGAUUUAUAGAUGAUCUGGAGCCAGUGGGUUUGGCGACGAAUAUGUAGUGAGGGCCAGCCAACAAGAGCGUACAGGUCACAAUGGUGGGUAGUAUAUGGGCUUAUGUGACAAAACGGAUGGCACUGUGAUAGACUACAUCCAAUUUGCUGAGUAGAGUGUUGGAGGCUAUUUUGUAAAUGACAUCGCCGAAGUCAAGGAUCGGUAGGAUAGUCAGUUUUACGAGGGUAUGUUUGGCAGCAUGAGUGAAGGAGGCUUUGUUGCGAAAUAGGAAGGCGAUUCUAGAUCUAACUUUUGAUUGGAGAUGCUUAAUGUGAGUCUGGAAGGAGAGUUUACAGUCUAACCAGACACCUAGGUAUUUGUAGUUGUCCACAUACUCUAGGUCAGACCCGCCGAGAGUAGUGAUUCUAGUCGGGUGGGUGGGUGCAAGCAGCGUUCGGUUGAAGAGCAUGCAUUUAGCUUUACUAGUGUUUAAGAGCAGUUGAAGGCUACGGAAGGAGUGUUGUAUGGCGUUGAAGCUCGUUUGGAGGUUUGUUAACACAGUGUCCAAUGAAGGGCCAGAUGUAUACAAAAUGGUGUCGUCCGCAUAAAGGUGGAUCCGAGCUUCACCAGCAGCAAGAGCAACAUCAUUGAUAUACACAGAGAAUAGAGUCGGCCCGAGAACUGAACCCUGUGGCACCCCCAUAGAGAAGGCCAGAGGUCCAGACAACAGGCCCUCCGAUUUGACACAUUGAACUCUAUCUGAGAAGUAGUUGGUGAACCAGGUGAGGCAGUCAUUAGAGAAACCAAGGCUAUUUAGUCUGCCAAUAAGAAUGCAGUGGUUGACAGAGUCGAAAGCCUUGGCCAGGUCGAUGAAGACGGCUGCGCAGUACUGUCUUUUAUCGAUCGCGAUUAUAAUAUUGUUUAGGACCUUGAGCGUGGCUGAGGUGCACCCAUGACCAGCUCGGAAACCGGAUUGUAUAGCGGAGAAGGUACGGUGGGAUUCGAAAUGGUCGGUGAUCUGUUUGUUAACUUGGCUUUCAAAUACUUUCGAAAGGCAGGGCAGGAUGGAUAUAGGUCUGUAACAGUUUGGAUCUAGAGUGUCACCCCCUUUGAAGAGGGGGAUGACCGCAGCAGCUUUCCAAUCUCUUGGGAUCUCAGACGUUAUGAAAGAGAGGUUGAACAGGCUAGAAAUAGUGAUUGCGACAAUUUUGGCUGCUAAUUUUAGAAAGAAAGGGUCCAGAUUGUCUAGCCCAGCUGGUUUGUAGGGGUCCAGAUUUUUCAGCUCUUUCAAAUUCUCUCUGAAUUUGUGUGAAGGGGGGGGGGGGGGGGGGGGGGGGGGUAGUGGUAGCCAGGUGGAAAGCAUGGCCAGCCAUAGCAAAAUGCUUGUUGAAAUUCUCGAUUAUUGUAGAUUUAUCGGUGGUGACAGUGUCUCCUAGCCUCAGUGCGGGGGGCAGUUGGGAGGAGGUGCUCUUAUUUUCCAUGGACUUUACAGUGUCCCAAAACUUUUUGGAGUUAGUGCUACAGGAUGCAAAUUUCUGUUUGAAAAAGCUAGCCUUUUCUUUCCUAACUGAUUGUGUAUAUUGGUUCCUGACUUCCCUGAGAAGUUGCAUAUCGCAGGGGCUGUUCGAUGCUAAUGCAGUACGCCACAGGAUGUUUUUGUGCUGGUCAAGGGCAGUCAAGUCUGAGGAGAACCAGGGGCUAUAUCGGUUCUUAGUUCAGAAUGGGGCAUGCUUAUUUAAGAUUGAGAGGAAAGCACUUUUAAAGAACAACCAGGCAUCCUCUACUGACGGAAUGAGGUCAAUAUCCAUCCAGGAUACCUGGGCCAGGUCAAUUAGAAAGGCCUGCUCGCUAAAGUGUUUUAGGGAGCGUUUGACAGUGAUGAGGGGUGGUCGUUUGACCGCGGACCCAUUACGGACGCAGGCAAUAAGGCAGUGAUCGCUCAGAUCCUGGUUGAAGACAGCGGAGGUGUAUUUAGAGGGUAAAUUUGUCAGGAUGAUAUCUAUGAGGGUGCCCAUGUUUACAGAUUUAGGGUUGUACCUGGUAGGUUCGUUGAUAACUUGUGUGAGAUUGAGGGCAUCUAGUUUAGAUUGUAGGUUGGCCGGGGUGUUAAGCAUAUCCCAGUUUAGGUCACCAAGCAGUACGAACUCUUAGGAUAGAUGGGGGGCAAUCAGUUCACAUAUGGUGUCCAGGGCACAGCUCGGGGCUGAGGGUGGUCUCUAGCAAGCGGCAACAGUGAGAGACUUAUUUCUGGAAAGGUGGAUUUUUAGAAGUAGAAGCUCAAACUGUUUGGGCACAGACCUGGAUAGUACGAUAGAGCUCUGCAGGCUAUCUCUACAGUAGAUUGCAACCCUACCCGCUUUGGCAGUCUUUAUCGAGACGGAAAAUGUUGUAGUUGGGGAUGGACAUUUCUGAAUUUUUGGUGUCCUUCCUAAGCCAGGAUUCAGACACUGCUAGGACAUCAGGGUAGGCGGAGUGUGCUAACGCAGUGAAUAACUCAAACUUAGGGAGGAGGCUUCGAAUGUUAACGUGCAAGAAACCAAUGCUUUUACGGUUACAGAAGUCAACAAAUGAUAACGCCUGGGGAGUAGGAGUGAUACUGGGGGCUACAGGGCCUGGGUUAACCUCUACAUCACCAGAGGAACAGAGGAGGAGUAGAAUAAGGAUACGGCUAAAGGCUUUAAGUACUGGUCUUCUAGUGCAUUGGGUACAGAGAAAAAAAGGGGCAGGUUUCCGGGCGUUGUAGAAUAGAUUCAGGGCAUUAUGUACAGAAAAGGAUAUGGAAGGAUAUGAGUACAGUGGAGGUAAACCUAAGCGUUGGGUAACGAUGAAAGAGAUAGUAUCACUGGAGGCACCGAUUGAGUCGGUCUCCGCGUGUAUGGGGGGUGGGACAAAGGAGCUAUCUAUGGCAGGUUGAGCUGGGCUGGGGGAUCUACAGUGAAAUAGUACAAUAAGAAAUAACCGAAACAGCAAUAAGCAAGGCAUAUUGAAAUGGGAGAGAGGCAUAAAGCAAUCACAGGUGUUAUUCGAGAGCUAAGACAACAGCUGGUAAUGGCGACAAAGUUUUGGCUGAGGCUAAACAUAAACAGGAUGCGGUACCGAAUAAAGGAACAGUCCAGCAGGCAUCAGCUGUAUAGCUGAGUUAUCAUAAAAGGUCUGGUGAACAGCAAUAGGAGAGUUCGGAGGUAGUUCGGGGGCUGCUGUAGCACUAGCGAGCAAGAGGCCACGGCUAGCGUGUGCUAGCUGGCCGGGGCUAGCAGAUGGAUCUUCGUGGUCGACGUCGUAACGGGAAACCUGUUGUAAUCACAUCAGACGAUUUCGUCGGCAGAUCAGUCGUGUUGGAUCGGCGGGGCUCCGUGUCAACACUAGGAGGUCCCGUCCGGUUGACAGAGAGGUAGAUAGCCAGGAGAAGGGCCUGGCUCGCGGCUAGCUCGAGGCUGAUUAGCCAACAACAACGUCCAUUUGAUUGCAGCUAUCUAGCUACGAUGAUCCGGUGUUAAAGGUCCAGUGAAUCAGUGAUUCCGGCAGAAAAACCGAUAUGUUCUGGGUCGAUAACGCGCUGUGCAGACAUUGCAGACUGGCGGAUAAUAGUCCAGGCUAGAGCUGGCUGGUAGGUAGUGCAGGCCAAGGACAAUGGUGAGAAACCGCUAGCGGUGGCUAAUAGCAAGUAGCUAGUUAGCUGGCUACUCCCGUCCGGUAGACAGAGAGGUAGAUAGCCGGGAUAUGGGCCUGGCUCAAGGCUAACUGGUGCUUGCUACAGGGGCAGUGGUGAUUAGUCAAAAAGCACAAUCCAAUUCGGUUAUGGCUAGCUAGUUGCGAUCCGGUGUUAAUGUCCAGUGAUUCAGUUAUUCCGGCAGAAAAUCAGAUGUUCUGGGUGAAAACCGCUAACGGUGGCUAAUAGCAAGUAGCUAGUUAGCUGGCUAGCUGGUGUCAACUCAAGGACAUUCAGAGCUUUGUCCUGAAGCCACUCCUGUGUUGUCUUGGCUGUGUGCUUAGGGUCGUUGUCCUGUUGGAAGGUGAAACUUCGCACCACUCUGAGGUCCAGAGAGCUCUGGAGCAGGUUUUCAUCAAGGAUCUCUCUGUACUUUGCUCCGUUCAUCUUUGCCUCAAUCCUGACUAGUCUCCCAGUCCCUGCCGCUGAAAAGCAUCCCCACAGCAUGCCACCACCAUGCAUCACCGUAGGGAUGGUGCCAGGUUUCCUCCAGACGUGACACUUGGCAUUCAGGCCAAAGAGUUCAAUCUUGGUUUCAUUAGACCAGAGAAUCUUGUUUCUCAUGGUCUGAGAGUCUUUAGGUUAAUUUUGGCAAACUCCACGGGCUGUCAUGUGCCUUUUACUGAGGAGUGGCUUCCGUCUGGCCACUCUACUAUAAAGGCCUGAUUGGUGGAGUGCUGCAGAGAUGGUUGUCCUUCUGGAAGGUUCUCCCAUCUCCACAGAGGAACUCUAGAGCUCUGUCAGAGUGACCAUUGGGUUCUUGGUCACCUGCCUGACCAAGGCCCUUCACCCCCGAUUGUUCAGUUUGGCCGGGCGGCCAGCUCUAGGAAGAGUCUUGGUGGUUCCAAACUUCUUCCAUUUAAGAAUGACGAAGGCCACUGUGUUGUUGGGGACCUUCAAUGCUGCAGACAUUUCUUGGUAACCUUCCCCAGAUCUGUGCUUCGACACAAUCCUGUCUCGGAGCUCUACGGACAAUUUCUUCGACCUCAUGGCUUGGAUUUUGCUCUGACAUGCACUGUCAGCUGUUGGACCUUAUAUAGACAGGUGUGUGCCUUUCCAAAUCAUGUCCAAUCAAUUGAAUUUACCACAGGUGGAAUCCAAUCAAGUUGUAGAAACAUCUCAAGGAUGAUCAAUGGAAACAGGAUGCACCUGAUCUCAAUUUCAAGUCUCAUAGCAAAGGGUCUGAAUACUUAUGUAAAUAAGGUAUUUCUGUUUUUAGUUGUUAAUACAUUUGCAAAAAUGUCUAAAAACCAGUUUUCGCUUUGUCGUUAUGGGUUAUUGUGUGUAGAUUGCAGAGGAUUAUUAGUUUUUAAAUCCAUUUUAGAAUAAGGCUUUAACGUAACAAAAUGUGGAAAAUGUAAAGGGAUCUAAAUACUUUCCGAAGGCACCCUAUAUAAAUAAAUAAAACAAAUCUAAAUAUGGCUCUUGGUAUGGGUGGUUUCCUAACAAAGGAGGCAGUGAGGUCAGAAAUAAUUUGGAUUGUUAUUUGCCUAAGGGCAAAUAUGUCAUUAAGAGUCAUGAACUGGCUCAUAGUUUGAGACUGCAUCAGAAUGGAAGUGUACUAACAGUGCCAUCUAUUCUCUGACAAUAUCAAUCUAACAAAUUAAGUUCUCAAAUUUGAUACAUCACAAGUCAUCAUCUCUUUUUCUAAUUAAAUCAUGUUGAUAUAGACAUGUUAUGUAUAAUAUAUUCCAUGCAGGUCUUGGUUCUUAAUCCUGUGUUUAUGAAAUAUGUUCAUGAAGUCUGGCUUGACUAUCAAGGCAAAUACCCCUCCACUGGAUUCAUGGCUUUAAUAUUAGCCAUACACAUUUGUGACGAGGUAAGACUUAUUAUACAUUUCAACAGCCAUGCUCUGCUAGGAAUGUGGAUAGUAUUGUACUUCACUACAAGACACACUGUAUACUACACACGAUGGGAGUACAGAAGAACAACACUGACAUCGAAUGGCUAUACAUAGCAUAGCUCUGACAAUAUGCGGUAUCAUCACACAUUACUGGCCCAAAUCAUGCUUAGGUAAGGCAGGGUGAUAUGGCCUAACCUUUUCAAACUUAUGGGCGAUUCACAAUAUAUAUAUAUAUUUUUUUCUUCUCUAAAUAAUAUGUUGUACCAUUAAAAGGUACAAUUCAAUGCAUUUCAAACAGCAAUAAUUGAAUGAAUUCGGGGCUUGUGAAAUUAUACAUAGGCUAAAUAUUAGCCUUCCACAACCAUGAGACCCACUAAUAAUUUUAUUAUUUUAUCAAAAUAGUUUUACCUGCUUUUUUUGUUGUUGCAAUAAUCACCGACCUUGCUUUCAAGUCUGUCUAUCAAAAUGCCCUUUUGUUACAAAUUUAACCUGAACCAUGCAUAAUGCACAUUCACUAAUAAUGACCAACUUCUUGUAGCAGGCAUUAUAGAAAAUUAACACAGGUAUCAUAAACAAUCUCUCAAGCACAAGCCCACGUGCUAGUGAGUAGCUAGCUAAUCUUUAUAUUUAAAAGUGGAACUGACAGCGUUAACUACUUUGCAGAUAUGAAACAAACAAUACAAUCAUAUCACUCAUAAAAUCACAUUCCCAGUUUAUGCUACAAAACCAAGAGGUUUUAAAAAUAAGUUAUAUUUAACAAAAAAGUCCAUGACGUAGAGUAAGGCAUUGUGGGCAGAAUAGAUGGAUGCAGUUCAAUGUAUGAUUAAUAUAAUUCACCAAUAAAUGUCUUAGUAGUCCAACAAAUAUUAUAGCAGGUUCUAAAUCACAGCUGGCCUGGUACAUUGUUUGCUGCCUCCAUUCGGGAUGCACUGUUUCAGUUUAAAUUACUCAAUAUUUUGGACAAAAUGGACGAAUGUGCUAACUAAGGCUGAGAAUGUCAAUAAAAUCAAACUAGCAAGGGCAAUGAUCACAAGUCAGUCAUAACGUGGCAAAUAUGCUAGCUUAUCUAUUUAUGUAUCUUUUUAUUUAGCAAGCUAAGAACACUGAGUUUAACGUUAGCUAGCUAGCUGCUGGAAGGAUGUUGUCAUUGGAAGAGAUGCCAACUUUUUCCCCCCAUAUCGUUUUUCUGUGGCUACAGCUAGAGAUGCAGGUGUCAUUUGGUUAGCUAGCAAGAAAUAUGCUAUACUGAAGUUGAACGACUGUUACAGUUAAUCAAAUGUAUUUGGCAUUGACAAAAUGAUCGGACAGGCAAGUUCCCAUUCAGUUGUCAAAACGUGGGUUGGGACACGCAUGCAUUGGCAGGCAAGCUGCAGAAGGGCAAGCAGGCUACUAUUCCCCAUCGUUUAUAAAUGCAAUUUUGACGGCCAAGCUUGUUUGACAGGGUUUAUCUACUGUUUCCUCGUUAGAUUUUAGCUAAUCUCGCUCUGGCUAACAGUUGUUGAUCUUGUUGAUGUGCAUAGGCAACUGAGGGAGAGAGCCUACCUUUUCAUGGUUAGUGGCUCAAUGGGACUGUAAAGUUCCCAAAUGUAAGAGGACUCCAGUGGUAUUUACAUAUUUGCACAAAUCCAUUCAGGUGUAUUUUGUGGCUUUUGGCGAAUGCUUUCUAUUGAUCUAAAGUCCCGCUGUUGCUACUGCCUGUAAACACAGUCCAGUUCAAAGUGAAUGAUGGCAGGCCAAUGUGGCAAAUGGCUUAUUUGCAUAUAGGCCUACUGUAGCUCUGAUUGGCUAUGGCGCACUGGUCUGUGUAAGACUCCUGUGCUGGACAAGACAGAUGUUUUUAUUAUAGGUUUUAUUUGCUGCAGUGUCUAUUAAUUGUCCAAACGCAUGGCCAUAGAAUUUUCAUAAAUGCCUUACUGUACCUCAUUCCCAAACAUUCUAUGAAUGUAUGAAAACGUGAAAAUGACAAUCUAAGUGCUCGCUUGUCAGAAAAUGUCAAACAAAAAUGCAUCAUUCUUCCUGGGGGUGUAUAUUAACAGAUUUUAAUAAUAUUUAAUGUUUCUAAAACACUGUCAGUUCCACUUUAACAUCUAGCCAACGUGGAUCUAUUUGCUAGCUAACAAGUUAUACUGAACAAAAAUAUAUAUGCAACAUGUAAAGUAUUGGUCCCAUGUUUCAUGAGCUGAAAUAAAAGAUCCCAGAAAUGUUCCAUAAGCACAAAAAGCUUAUUUCUGUCAAAUAAUAAUAAUAAUAAUAAUUACAAUAAUAUGCCAUUUAGCAGACGCUUUUAUCCAAAGCGACUUACAGUCAUGCGUGCAUACAUUUUUGUGUAUGGGUGGUCCCGGGGAUCGAACCCACUACCUUGGCGUUACAAGCGCCGUGCUCUACCAGCUGAGCUACAGAGGACCACGAGGAGGACCACCAAAUCAUGUGCACAAUUUUUUUUACAUCCCUGUUAGUGAGCAUUUCUUAUUUGCCAAGAUAAUCCAUCCACCUGACAGGUGUGGCAUAUCAAGACGCUGAUUAAACAGCAUGAUCAUUACACAUGUGCACCUUGUGCUGGGAACAAUGAAAGGCCACUAAAAUGUGCAGUUUUUUCACACUUCACAAUGCCACAGAUGUCUCAAGUUUUGAGGGAGCAUGCAAUUGGUAUGCUGACUGCAGGAAUAUCCACCAGAGCUGUUGCCAGAAAAUUGAAUGUUAAUUUCUCUACUAUAAAGUUGUUUUAGAAAAUUGGGCUCCGACCUUUGGCUAUGAAAAGGAUGUAGGAAGCCAGACUACGCAUACAAUCAUGUACCCAGAGAGUGACAUAGAUCUGGACAACACCACUAGGUUCCUGCUGAUCCCUUUCAAGACUCUGGACUUUCAGUGGCUACCCGGCGCCAUCAUCAAUGGAUCUAACAUCACUUUGUGAGUAACUACUUAUUAUAGAUUAUCUUUUGAUUAGUCCAGCAGUUUGUUACGCCAUGCAUUUUUCUAAGAUUACAUAGCACCUCUUCUAUUCAACAGCUCAAAUGUAUCUCUUAGACCAAAGAUAAAUGGCAACAAAGAUUGUGAGUCACCUUGUUGAUCAUGAUAAUGUAUUAUUAUUAUAAUACAUCUAGUGGCCUUGUGGUUAGUGUCAGCCAUCAGAUUGGAAGGUUGGGAGUUCAAACCCCGGCCGAGUCGUACCAAAGUCUAAAAAUGGAACCCGGUGUGUCUCUGCAUGGUACUCAGCAUUAAGGAGAUAGAUUGAGGAUAAGGCCCUGCGAUAGACUAGCGUCAUGUCAAGGGGUGAUACUUGUACAUCAAGCUGCUUCAUGCUACAGAAACAGGAUAUAGGCUCCUGCUCCUAUGAGCUGUUCCAGUACAAGCCUACUUACUUUACUAUAAAGUCAAUGACCUCUAACGCAUUAUCUUUUUAUAUCUUGAACAGUAUGAUACACUUGUAAUGCUUGUAAUUCAGGAUGUAUGUGUUAGGUAUGGGCAGAGCCAUAUAUUACGAUGAAUAAGUAUACAUACAGUGCCUUCUGAAAGUAUUCGGACCCCUUUACUUUUUCCACAUUUUGUUAGGUUAUGGCCUUAUUUUAAAAUGUAUUGAAUUGUUUUUUUCCCCCCUCAUCAAUCUACAUACUAUACCCCAUAAUGACAAAGCAAAAACAGGUUUAUAGAAAUGUUUGCUCAUUUAUUAAAAAUUAAAAACGGAAAUAUCACAUUUACAUAAGUAUUAAUAUUCUUUACUCAGUACUUUGUUGAAGCACCUUUGGCAGCGAUUACAGCCUUGAGUCUUCUUGGGUAUGAUGCUACAAGCUUGGCACACCUGUAUUUGGGGAGUUUCUCCCAUUCUUCGCUGCAGCUCCAGAUCAGGUUGGAUGGGGAGUGUUGCUGCACAGCUAUUUUCAGGUCUCUCCAGAGAUGUUCGAUCAGGUUUAAGUCCGGCUCUGGCAGGGCCACUCAAGGACAUUCAGAGCCUUAUCCUGAAGCCACUCCUGUGUUGUCUUGGCUGUGUGCUUAGGGUCGUUGUCCUGUUGGAAGGUGAACCUUCACCCCAGUCUGAGGUCCUGAGAGCUCUGGAGCAGGUUUUCAUCAAGGAUCUCUCUGUACUUUGCUCCAUUCAUCUUUCCCUCGAUUCUGUCUAGUCUCCCAGUCCCUGCCGCUGAAAAACAUCCCCACAGCAUGAUGCUGCCACCACCAUGCUUCACUGUAGUGAUGGUGCCAGGUUUCCUCCAGACGUGACACUUGGCAUUCAGGCCAAAGGGUUCAAUCUUGGUUUAAUCAGACCAGAGAAUCUUGUUGUUCAUGGUAUGAGAGUCCUUUUGGCAAACUGCAAGCGGGCUGUCAUGUGCCUUUUACUGAGGAGUGGCUUCCGUCUGGCCACUCUACCAUAAAGGCCUGAUUGGUGGAGUGCUGCAGAGAUGGUUGUCCUUUUGGAAGGUUCUCCCAUCUCCACAGAGGAACUCUGGAGCUAUGUCAGAAUGACGAUCGGGUUCUUGGUCACCUCCCUGACCAAGGCCCUUCUCCCCUAAUUGCUCAGUUUGGCUGGGCGGCCAGCUCUAGAAAGAGUCUUGGUGGUUCCAAAUUUCUUCCAUUUAAGAAUGAUGGAGGCCACUGUGUUCUUGGGGACCUUCAAUGCUGCAGACAUUUUUUGGUACCCUUUCCCAGAUCUGUGCCUUGACACAAUCCUGUCUGGAGCUCUACGGACAAUUCCUUCGACCUCAUGGCUUGGUUUUUGCUCUGACAUGCAUUGUCUCCUGUGAUCUUUGUUGUGAAUGGCAGGUGGGAGAGGAGCUGUGUUUGUGUGUGUAAUUGGGAAGGUGCACAGUCACAGCAGAAGGAGCCGAGACCAAAAAGACAACAUGAACAUAAGCGCUCAUAAAAAAACAACUUGAUUCUUGCGAUACAUGCAUUUGGAAUAUCGUGCUAAAACAAACUUGAAUUAAUCACUCAACCCUACCUAUAGGCUGCAUAAACAAAAUAUCACUGCCAUAAAUAAAACAUGUUCUAAACCUUAUUAUUAAACUAACUCUAAACAUUUAAUUCAAAUGCAAGUGAAUGUGUAUGGAUUUGGUAAAGACAAAGAUGGGAACUGGCACCACUACUGGGAAACACCAGCCAAUAAAAUGCUGGAAACUGAGUGCAAGGUCGCCAUGAAGCUAUUGGAAAUUCACAAACUACAGAUAUAUUAA